UCCAAUGAUUUCCCGCCCGACUCCGACAGAGACUUCGCAAUCACACAACUGUGAAACGGAUCGAAUCGCCGAUACCCAACGCUUUAGUCAGUUAAUAAAUAACUAUACUAGAGGUUGGUGAGACGCGUGGCCCACAAGCAGACCCAAUGCGUGCUGUCAUGUCAAGCUUUCCAUGCCGAUUCUGCUGUCAAAGGAGCACCUAAUCUCCCUUUCGUUUAACUAAUUAAGCCUGCAUUUGCCUUUGCUUCUCUUUUGCCUCAAGCCCUAUCCUUUUCAUCCCUCUUUUCCAUUGUUUAAACCGGUGGCUUAAUCAUGCACCAUCAUGGAUGCAUGGAUUUGUUUUUUCCGAUUCUUCCUUGUGAUUAAACGCCGUGUCUGGUCCAUGGAAAUCCAGCGAGAAAUUAAUUUCCUAUAGCAAGUGUUGUAGUAAAAUAUCAAUCCUUUAAAUAUUUUCGCUCAAAAGAAAGUGAGAUAUCAAUCACAUUUUGAAUAUUAUCUUUUCAUAUAUUAUUGUAGGAAACUGCCUCUCUAAAUGGAAUCAUAUAUUAUAUUAUUAUUGCUAACACUCCUUUCCACACGCAUUCCCACACCACACACUCUCGACCUACUAGUAAUAAUAACCGUAAACGUAAAAGACAUCGGCUUCACUUCACUUCACUCUCUGUUUCUCUCUCUCUCUCCCCCUACAAGACAGAGAGGGCACUGAAGACUGAACCACAAGUGUUGGACACGAACACGUAGCUGAGUCUGAGAGAGAAACAUAUAUAGAUUUGCAGCGCCUUGGCUGGUUGUUUGUUGUUGAGUUCCGCGCGUGUGUGCGUGAGAGAUAAGGGAAGAAGAUGGGCGUGGCGACGGUGACGGAGAUGAAGCAGAGCGUGAGCGUCUCCGGGAAGAAGAUGUUCCGGACGAGCCUCAACAAUCGGCACGCCAAUGAAUGGCCUCCCACCGACGUCUCCAGCGACCUCACCGUGGAAGUCGGCACGUCCAGCUUCGCCCUCCACAAGCUGCUCGCGCAGUUCCCGCUGGUCUCCCGGAGCGGCAAGAUCCGCCGGCUCGUGGCGGAGGCCAAGGACGCCAAGCUCGCGCGCCUCACCCUCCACGCCACGCCCGGGGGCGCCCCGGCGUUCGAGCUCGCCGCCAAGUUCUGCUACGGCGUCCACGUCGAUAUCACGGUUGCCAACGUUGCCAUGCUCCGCUGCGCCGCGCGCUACCUGCAGAUGACCGACGACUUCUCCGACAAGAACCUCGAGCUCCGCGCCGAGGCCUUCCUCCGCGACGCCGUCCUCCCCAGCAUCGCCAGCUCCGUCGCCGUGCUCCGCACCUGCGAGGCGCUGCUCCCGGCCGCCGAGGACGUCAACCUCGUCGCCCGCCUCAUCGCCGCCAUCGCCAACAACGUCUGCAAGGAGCAGCUCGCGUCCGGGCUGCUCUCCAGGUUGGACCACACUGGCGCGCAGCUCAAGCCGGCGGCGCUUGACUCGCCGGGGGAGGGGGACUGGUGGGGCAAGUCGGUCGCCGGCCUCGGACUGGACUUGUUCCAGCGACUCCUCUCCGCCGUCAAGUCCAAGGGCCUCAGGCAGGAGACGGUCACCCGGAUCCUCAUCAACUAUGCCCACAACUCGCUGUACGGGCUCAUGCCCUGCAGGGACGCCGACAAAUGCGGCGGCGUCACGGACACGGACACGGACACGGACGCCGUCAAGAAACAGCGCGCCGUCGUCGAGACCAUCGUCGGCUUGCUACCGGCGCAGUCCAAGAAGAGCCCCGUGCCAAUGGCCUUCCUCUCGGGGCUCCUCAGGACGGCAAUGGCGCUGUCCGCUUCCAACAUAUGCAAGGCCGACCUCGAGAAGCGGAUCGGCAUGCAGCUUGAGCAGGCUAUCCUGGAGGACAUCCUGAUCGCCACCGGGUCCGGCGAGGCCUCGACGCUGUACGACACGGACGUGGUGGCCAGGAUCUUCUCGGUGUUCCUCAACCUUGACGAGGACAAGGAGGAGGACGGCGGCGGGUUCGACUACGACAGCCCGCGGUCCCCGAAGCAGAGUUGUAUAGUCAAGGCCUCCAAGCUGCUGGACAGCUACCUGGCCGAGAUCGCGCUGGAUUCCAACCUCGUCCCCGCCAAGUUCAUCUCCCUCGCCGAGAUCCUCCCUGACCACGCCCGCCUCGUCACCGACGGGAUCUACCGCGCCGUCGACAUCUUCCUCAAGGUGCACCCGAACAUCAAGGAGGCGGAAAGGUACCGGAUGUGCAAGGCGAUUGACUGCCAACGGCUUACGCCGGACGCGUGCAGCCACGCGGCCCAAAACGAGCGGCUGCCGGUGCAGAUGGCGGUGCAGGUGCUCUACUUCGAGCAGAUCCGCCUGCGGAGCGCGAUCCAGUCCGGCGGCGGCGGCGGCCAUGACGGGGCUCUCUUCUUCGGCGGCGGCGCGGUGUCGUCCGCAUCGACUGUGCAGGGCGGCGGCGGCAACAACAUGCGGUCCGGGAGCGGGGUGGGGAGCGGCGCCAUGUCGCCGCGGGACAACUACGCGUCGGUGCGGCGGGAGAACCGGGAGCUGAAGCUGGAGGUGUCGCGGAUGCGGAUGCGGCUGACGGACCUGGAGAAGGACCACGUGAGCAUGAAGCGGGAGCUCGUGCGCGUCAACCCGGCGAACCGCCUGCUACGGAGCUUCGCGCGCAGCUUCGGCAGGCUCAACACGCUAUUCCGGAUGCGCCCGGCUGCCGAGCCUGGGUUGCAGCAGCUCGGCGCCAAGGCUACCGCCGACGCCAAGGUGCUCUUCCAGCGCCGCCGCCGCCAUUCCAUCUCGUAGAUACACCACCGCCUGACCAUCCAGCGUGUUGAAUCUUGCGCCUUCUCGUAUGUGUGCAUAGCAAGUGAUUGAUAAAACGCCGUGACCGUGAUUCAUCUGCCCGCUUUUCAGCACUUGUACCCGACUAUUUUGUUUGUGGGGAUUGCAUGAUAUUCUCUUGACUA